CCAUAAUUCUUCGGUGUGUCGGCGUCUGGUGUUCGUCAAAAACGUGUGCUCUAUGUUUUGAUCAUGUGAGUUUAGAUUGAAAUUAUAGGUACACUGUCACCGAAGAAAACCCACAUUCGCUGGUGGUUGUGGUUUAUUGUCAGUAACUUCACCCGGCAAACAGUGGUUGUGCGCCGGUGUAAAUCUUGAAGAUGGCAAGAAGCCAGAGUCGAAGCAGAGAGCGCAAGAAAGGUGCCACUGAAAAGAAGGAACGUGGAAGAGAUAGACAGAAGAGAGCAGCAUCUAGCAGUAGUGGAAGUAGCUCCUCAUCAGGCUCGAGAAGCAGAUCAGGUUCAUCAUCGUCGUCAUCUGGAAGCAGCAGCUCAGGGAGCAGCAGCUCCGGAAGCAGUUCCCGAUCAGGGAGUUCCAGCUCAAGUAGGUCAUCGUCAAGUAGCAGCUCUGGUAGCAGUCGCAGUCGGAGCAGAGGACGCAAGUCAUCAUCUCCACGCAAACGCAAGCGUAGCCCCACACCCAAGCCUUGCAAAGUUCACAUUGGCCGACUGACUCGAAAUGUUAACAAGGAACACAUUCAGGAGAUCUUCUCUGUGUAUGGCACCAUCAAGAAUAUUGAGAUGCCCACCGAGAGAGUUCACCCAUACCACAGGGGCUUCGCCUAUGUGGAAUAUGAAGGCCCUGAGGAGGCAGAGAAGGCUAUCAAAUACAUGGAUGGAGGUCAGAUUGAUGGACAAGAGGUGACAGCAGCUGCUGUGUUGGCGCCAAGACCGGCGCCACGCCCCCCAGCACGCCGCAGUCCUCCACGUCGACCACCCCCAAGAUGGAGGCAGUCACCCCCAAGAUACAGAGACAGGAGGAGAUCUCCUCCCCCAAGACGACGUUCACCACCAAGACGGCGAUCCCGGUCAAGGUCAAGGUCACCUGCAAGACGUAGGCGGUACAGUCGAUCCAGUUCCAGCUCAUCACGAUAGUAUAGCCAUUUGACAUCACUGACUCAUUCCUUAAGCAUACAUUUUUAUGUACUGUUUGGUAGUAAACAACGAUUUUAUCUCUUCUGUCUUUUGGUUUGCAUGUAUACACAUUGUAAUGAUAUUGUGUUUAGGUUCCAACAUUUGGCAGUGAAGUCAUCUGUUACACUAAGCAUGUUACAAUCAAAUGUUCCUGUGUAUACAGUCAAGGUUUUGCGUGAUGUAAAUUAUGUUCCAACAACCAAUGUCACCAACAUCUAAGUGUUUAUCUUGCAAUUGAUAAAAGAAAUUUGUCAGAUAUUUAUUUAUACUGAAUAAGGAACGAUUAGGGUCAUGAACUUUUUAUUUUGUAGUGAAGACUGAGCACAUGAUUUCAUAAAAAUAUCCCUAAAAAUAUUCAUAAUCCCUAACCUUUUUUUGGUUCCGUAUAUAAUAGUUCCUGUGUCCAAAAUUUCUGCUUUGUUGAGACAUUUUUAAUUUCGAUUCAUUUUAUUCUGGCAUUACUUGAAUGUCAAUGCCUGACCAUAUUCCUCACAGGUACAAUGUUAUGUCAGAUAGCAGACUAAUUGUGUGUGAAACCCAUUCAUUUGGGGGGAAAUUGUCCUUCAUUUGUAAUCAUGUUCAUUUUAUUCAUUAAAGAUUUUACAGCAGAUA